AUGUUCAAGAAGGUGUUUCAAAAACGUCCGCAGGACCUCUAUGCGAACUCCGAACUCCCUAGGGAGUCGGUAUCUACCCAUGAACACGAGAAAGGUCCCGGCGACGUCGUUGACACGCCAAUCCCGCUUCUGACCUGGCGCUCAUUCAUUAUGGGCGUCUUCGUUUCUAUGGGAGGUUUCCUUUUCGGUUAUGAUACUGGUCAGAUCUCGGGUUUCCUUGAGAUGCCCAAUUUCCUACAGCGAUAUGGUCAACUCCAGUCUGAUGGCUCUUAUGCAUUCAGUAAUGUGCGCUCGGGUCUCAUCGUUGCUUUGUUGUCGAUUGGUACACUGAUGGGAGCUUUGGUCGCUGCCCCCAUUGCCGAUCGCGUGGGACGGAAAUGGUGCAUUAGUGGCUGGUGCGGGAUGGUGUGCGUUGGAAUCACCGUUCAAAUCACCUCACCCGAUGGAAAGUGGUAUCAGGUCGCCAUAGGCCGUUGGGUCGCUGGACUCGGCGUGGGUGCUGUUUCGCUGCUGGUUCCCAUGUAUCAAGCCGAGUCGGGACCGCGUCAUAUUCGAGGAUCGCUCAUUAGUACCUAUCAGUUGUUCAUCACGCUUGGUAUCUUUGUUGCCAACUGCAUCAAUUUUGGAACCGAAGCCAAUGCCGACACCAGCUCGUGGCGUAUUCCAAUGGGUAUCACAUACCUCUGGGCCUUGAUUCUCGGCAUCGGCAUGGCGUUCUUCCCAGAAAGUCCGCGAUACGAUUACCGCCACGGCAAAGUAGAGAAGUCCAUAACCACACUUGCCAAGAUCUAUGGCGUUCCUCGCAAUCACCGUGCUCUCAAUAUAGAGUUUAAUGAGAUCAAAGAGAAGUAUGAGGACGAAAAGCGCCAUGGACACGCCACUUGGAUCAUGUUGUUCCGUGCUCCGACCAUGUCAUACCGGGUGGCUGUUGGUGUCGCCUUGCAAGCUCUGCAGCAGCUGACAGGUGCUAACUACUUCUUCUACUAUGGAACAACCAUCUUCCAAGGCGCCGGUAUCAAAAACAGCUACGUGACUCAGAUGAUUCUGGGUGGCGUAAACUUUGGAACGACUUUCCUUGGUCUCUACCUGAUUGAGCACUACGGUCGCCGUCGCUCUCUGAUUGCCGGUGCCCUGUGGAUGUUUGUAUGCUUCAUGAUUUUCGCCUCAGUGGGCCACUUCUCCCUCGAUAUCGAAAACCCGGAAGCAACCAAAACCCCUGGUGUGGUAAUGGUAGUAUUCGCCUGUCUCUUCAUCCUCGGCUUUGCCAGUACAUGGGGGCCAAUGGUAUGGACCAUCAUCGCCGAGCUGUAUCCUUCCCAAUACCGAGCGAAAGCCAUGUCUCUCGCGACAGCGUCGAACUGGCUCUGGAACUUCCUUCUCGCCUUUUUCACACCCUUCAUCACCGGCGCAAUCGACUUCCGCUUUGGAUACGUCUUUGCGGGAUGUCUUUUCCUUGCUGCCGGUCUGGUUUAUGUCGCCGUUAUUGAGGGACAGGGUCGUACCUUGGAGGAGAUUGAUACUAUGUAUCUCAUGAAGGUCAAGCCGUGGAAGAGUUCGAAGUUCCAGUUCCCUGCCGAUCCGAACGUGAUCCGUGGCUCAUUUGACAAGGGAGGUGAUCAGCCUGCGUCGGCUCAUGUUGCUGAUCCAACUACUGAGUUGCGCGAGGAUGGGACAACUGCGCCUGAGGCAACUGCGCCUGAGACUCGUGCAUAG